AUGUCUGCUGUGCAAAGAGAAGGCAGCAGCCACCUGUUCAAUGGUCUGCACAGCUGUAGACAGAAGCUUCCGGAGGACCAGCGACAGCAAGAAAAAUCUGUCAUAGCUCAACCAAUAUUUGUUUUUGAAAAGAGAGAACAAACUUUCAAGAGCCCUGCUGAAGAAACCCCGUGUGAAGCAGCAGAACCGGAAUGCAAUGGUUUCUCAAGAAAGCGCACAUGGGCUCCACCUUUUUCUUUGCAUGCUACAGAUUCUCAGUUCCAAGGAGUGUCAACCUUGACCCAGAAGCGAAUGAGAUCGUCAUCCUUCACUGACCGCCCGACCUUCCCCUCUUCUGGGACAGUGAAGAAAAACAAUGUUUUUAUGACACCAACUCUUGUGCAAAGGAAUGCUGAUAUGAACAGUGCAGAACAAAGUCCUGUGAAACAUUCUGAACAUGUUCUAAGACCUGCUAUUUUGCCGCCACCUCGCGCUCGGAAGUGUGAAAAAGUAAGGCACAAUGCACUGGAACACUGCAAGAUGAAAGAAGAAACAAAACAUAAGAUUUCUGAAGGGAACUGUUCGCUAAGUGCAAAUUUUCCAAGUGCCAGAAUUUCAGCCCAGCUGUCUACUACCCAGAUUCUUUUGGGUGCCACACCUGUAGGAUGUCAACCAAAUGAAGAUAAAUAUUCUUUUAAAAGCUACGGUUCUGAUUUCGUUUUUGGAGAAAACAUGAUAGAAAGAGUUUUGGGUACGCAAAAACUCACCCAUCGUCAACUUGAAAAUGACUCCUAUGCCAAGGAAAAACCAUUCAAAUCCACUGUAAAAUGUCCUAGCAACUCUCCAAACUCAAGAAUGGACUCUAUUAAAAAUAUAUCCCUAAUUGAAUCAGCUGCUGCUCUCUCUUCUAAAUCCUCACCAAAAUGCUUGCUGAAGAAAAUUGAUGUGGUAACAGGGGAGGAAGCAGAAUAUAAUGUGAUAAAGAUCAACUGCAAGCUUUUCGUAUUCAACAAAGUAGUGCAGUCCUGGAGCGAGAGGGGCCGAGGAGCUUUGAGACUGAACGACUCGGCCAGCAGUGACUCUGGAACCUUCCAGUCGAGACUCAUUAUGCGCAAUCAAGGUAGCCUGCGGCUGAUUCUCAAUAGCAAACUCUGGGCUCAAAUGGAGAUUCAAAGAGCAAACCACCAAAAUUUACGAAUAACAGCUACUGAUUUAGAAGACUAUAGCAUCAAGGUGUUCUUAAUUCAGGCCAGUGCCAAAGAUACAGGAUCCCUGCACGCAGCAAUACACCAUCGUCUGGUUGCUCUUCGAAGCUUCCAUCAGCGGGAAGACGUAAAUCAAGCUGAAAGCCAGUCAGAGUCAGUCCUUCAACAGUUCAACUGCGACAGCUGUGAUGAGGAUGAGGAUGAUUUCAUCCAAGUCACUAAAAAUAGAUCAGAUCCUUCUAGGUGGACCCACCGACAGUCAGUUGCCUGUUCAUGA